UGCUUCUCCAACCGCCAGAAAACACUGGAGAAGAAAAAACCGCUGCUCGUCUGAGCCGCUUUAGCCCCUCGAGUUAUAAAAAUAAAAACACGUUAUUGUGUCUGGCUCUGAGGAUUUAAAACCCUGAGCUGUGUGAGGACAUGAAAACAGAGACAUCCAUGGAUGGAGAGACCUCAGAAGCCUGUGUGAAGAAAGAGGAGACGCUGGAGCUGAAUAUCUACAGCUAUGGAGACGAUCUCGACAACCCACCUGAAGGUCUCUCCAUUAAAGUGGAAGAUCCUGAUGAUAAAGACUAUCUCUACUGUGAAGUUUGCAAAUCCUUUUUCCUCAACAAAUGCGAGGUUCAUGGACCACCCCUCUUCAUCCCCGAUACUCCUGUUCCCAUGGGAGUCCCUGACCGAGCCAGACAAACCCUUCCUCCUGGGCUAGAAAUCCAGAAGUCCAGUAUUCCUGAUGCAGGCCUGGGAGUGUUUAAUAAGGGGGAGACUGUUCCAGUAGGUGCACACUUCGGCCCCUGCCAGGGAGAGCUGGUGAACCGAGAGGAAGCCAAGAACAGUGGAGACUCCUUGGUUGUAUGCAGGAGCAUGCAGUGUGAAGAAUACAUCAAUGCCAAAAGAGAGACGCAUGUGAAUUGGAUGAGGUAUGUGAAUUGUGCCCGUAAUGAAGAAGAACAGAAUCUUGUGGCAUUUGAGUAUCAAGGGAGAAUUCUGUAUCGUUGCUGUCAAUCCAUUAACCCAGGACAGGAGCUCUUGGUGUGGUAUGAAGAGGAGUACACCAAAGAACUCAGUCCUGCACCUACAGGAACAACCAGACAGCAAGAAGUAAAGAACGCUCUGCUGCAAGUCUUUUCAUGCUCCACAUGCUCUCGUUCCGAUGCAUCUCCAAUUUACCUCGACAAGCAUAUCAAGAGAUGCUACUAUGAAGAGUACGUGAGACUGCGAGAAUCAGGAGAGAUUAAAUAUAAGCUUCAGAUCCCCUCCAAAUGCUCCAGUCGUCAACCAACAUCAACUGAUAUUAUCCAUUCUGAUACUUCCCAUAAUGAUAUACAGAAGGAAAUUCACCACUGCUCAGAUUGUGGAAAGAGUUUUAGUUCUCAGAAUGCACUCAAGACACACCAGUGCAGUCACACAGGAGAGAAGCCGUAUCACUGCUCACAGUGUGGGAAGAGUUUUACUCAGCAGAGGAAUCUCCAAACACACCAGCGCAUUCACACAGGGGAAAAGCCGUAUCACUGCUCACAGUGUGGGAAGAGUUUUACUCAGCAGAGGAAUCUCCAAACACACCAGCACAUUCACACAGGGGAAAAGCCAUAUCACUGCUCACAGUGUGGGAAGAGUUUUACUCAGCAGAGUAACCUCCAAACACACCAGCGCAUUCACACAGGGGAAAAGCCGUAUCACUGCUCACAGUGUGGGAAGAGUUUUACUCAUCAUAGUAAUCUCCAAACACACCAGCGCAUUCACACAGGAGAGAAGCCGUAUCACUGCUCACAGUGUGGGAAGAGUUUUACUCAUCAGAGUCAUCUCCAAAAACACCAGCGCAUUCACACAGGAGAGAAGCCGUAUCACUGCUCACAGUGUGGGAAGAGUUUUACUCAGCAGAGUGAUCUCCGAAUACACCAGCGCAUUCACACAGGAGAGAAGCCGUAUCACUGCUCACAGUGUGGGAAGAGUUUUACUCAGCAGAGUCAGUUCCAAAUACACCAGCGCAUUCACACAGGAGAGAAGCCGUAUCACUGCUCACAGUGUGGGAAGAGUUUUACUAAUCAGAGUGCUCUCCAAAAACACCAGCACAUUCACACAGGAGAGAAGCCGUAUCACUGCUCACAGUGUGGGAAGAGUUUUACUCAGCAGAGUGAUCUCCGAAUACACCAGCGCAUUCACACAGGAGAGAAGCCGUAUCACUGCUCACAGUGUGGGAAGAGUUUUACUCAGCAGAGUCAGUUCCAAAUACACCAGCGCAUUCACACAGGAGAGAAGCCGUAUCACUGCUCACAGUGUGGGAAGAGUUUUACUAAUCAGAGUGCUCUCCAAAAACACCAGCACAUUCACACAGGAGAGAAGCCGUAUCACUGCUCACAGUGUGGGAAGAGUUUUACUUAUCAGAGUGAUCUCCGAAUACACCAGCGCAUUCACACAGGAGAGAAGCCGUAUCACUGCUCACAGUGUGGGAAGAGUUUUACUCAUCAGAGUAAUCUCCAAACACACCAGCGCAUUCACACAGGGGAAAAGCCAUAUCACUGCUCACAGUGUGGGAAGAGUUUUACUUAUCAGACUGCUCUCCAAAGACACCAGCGCAUUCACGCAGGAGAGAAGCUGCAUCACUGCUCAUAGUGUGGGAAGAGUUUUACUCAUCAGAGUGAUCUCCAAAUACACCAGUGCAUUCACACAAGAGAGAAGCCGCAUCACUGCUCAUAGUGUGGGAAGAGUUUUACUUAUCAGACUGCUCUCCAAACACACCAGCGCAUUCACACAGGAGAGAAGCCGUAUCACUGCUCAUAGUGUGGAAAGAGUUUUACUCGUCAGAGUGAUCUCCAAAUACACCAGUGCAUUCACACAGGAGAGAAGCCGGGUCAUUCCAUGCCAAAUCAACAAGAGGUUAUGCUCAACCAUCUCAGAUUUCAAUGAAA